ACUGGGUGCUGGAGUGUACAGGUGUGUCACAGUGUGUGUCACAAGCACCCAAACCCGUCGUGCCAGUUUCACUGUUGUUCUACCUGCUGAGCUGAGACUUCUUCAUUCUGUUAUUGCUGUCACUCUGGACUGGACUGCAGCUACAUUGAAUAACCACCAUGGAAGAACGGAGGAUCUCGGCUCUACUACUUCUCGCCAUCAUGCCCGCUCUUCUGUCUGCCGUGACCAUCAACGAACCCAGCACUGAGACAAUAUAUAAAGCCAAGGGGGAUUCUGUAACUCUGAAGUGCAUCUACACCCUGGAUCCCUUGGAAACUGGAAGCCUGGACAUUGAGUGGGCCCUGAUGAACCCGGAUAGCACAGGGCUGGACCAAGUGAUACUCAUCUUUAUGGACAAUAGUGUUAUCUCCAAAGGACCCCCAGAGCUGAUGAGGCGAUUGUCAUUCAGUGCCACAGAUCCCAGCAAAGGGGAUGCUUCUAUCACUAUCAACUACCUUGAGCCCUCAGACUCUAGAACCUUCCAGUGCAAAGUCAAGAAGAACCCUGGGGUGGCCUCUCGAAAAAUUUCUCUCAUAGUCCAAGUGCCACCUACCAAUCCUAAUUGCUGGAUCGAUGGAGAACAAGUCAAAGGGAAAGACGUGACGUUGAAGUGUCGUGCAGAUGGAGCAACUACUCCUCUCAGUUACAAAUGGGACAAGAUUACGGGACCUACAAACCCUGCCACACCUCCUUUAAACAUGGGAUCUGUGAAUGGAGAUCUGCUGAUCAAGAACAUAUCUGAUGUGUAUGGUGGUCAGUACCGAUGCACCGUCGUGAAUUCAGUAGGCAGUGGUCAGUGCGUUGCAAAUCUCUCCAUUUCAGCAGCAACUAAUCGUGCUGGUGUUAUUGCUGGCGCUGUCAUUGGCGCCCUGUUACUCUUCCUGCUUCUCCUGCUGCUCAUCUGGUGCCUUAUCUGCUGCUGCAACAAGAAACGCUAUGAGAAAGAGAUCGCCAAUGAUAUCAGAGAGGAUGUGGUUGCUCCACCAAGUAACACCAAUAGCCGCUCCACCAGCGUACGCACAGCGGCAGGUUACACGCCACACAACAUCAGCUACUCCCUGAGAAAAGCCUACAGUGCAACCCCUACAAAGGAUAUCAAGACACCAUCUGAGACCAGCAGUAACCCCAUCAAACUCAGAGUGGAGAGUCCACCGCCGACUCCAGAGCCAGUUUUCAUUGUGCCUGAGACCUCUCGCCACACUCCAUACAACCUCCAAAGAGCAGGAGGAGUUCCAGUGAUGGUGCCUGCAACAAGCUGGGAAGGGUUCAUUGUCUGAAAGUGAUGGUCCUUAGAUCCAGGUGAUCACAUGUUUAGAACCUUGACACAAUGGACACAUUUUAGUUCAAUGAAUGAAGACCAAAAUACUCACCUUUCUUUUGGGGUACUAGAUAUUACAAUGAGCACACAUUUAUUGAACCUCCUUGGACAUUUUGCAACUAGCUACAACCAAGUGGACAAGAGCUUCUGCAAUGUAUAGAUACUUCUACCACAAUUUCCUGUAUGUGUCCAGGUGAACACUAAUGUGGAUGUUAAAGAGUUCUUUGUGGGUUGGGGGCAUUGGUUUUUCCAUAUGAAGAAUUAUACAAACCUGUAACUCUGAUUUCACAAGACCUUUAGAUAAUGAUAAAAUGCCGUCAAUGAAUAUCUCAGGAAUUAGCCAUGGCAGGCACUAAACUAUGGGUCUUCAUCAGAAGACUUCUCACUCACUGUAAAUAAAUGUACUUUGUAGAUGUAUAUAUUUAGGUACAUGCAGAAUGAAGUGUUCUCAACAUGUUUUUAUAAUGUAAAAUACAGGGGAAACAUUAAUGGGGCAAUAUAAUAUACAUUUAUUAAUUAGUUACACCUCUGAAAGUGGGACAUUGUAAUUUGUGCGGUGUUUGGUGGGGCUUGAGACCAUAUCAUGGGUGUGUCUAGCUGGGGUGGACAUGGCUGGGUGUAUCAGGAACAAGCAAAAUAUCAAAAAAGCUCAGAUAGAGCUUGAGCUAGAAGUAUAUUUUGGUUAUUUAUUAACAGUAAAGUCUUUGUCUUAUGAACCAUGGAAACCACACAACUGGGGGAAACCUUAGGAUAAUCCUACCUCCCUGGUUUUUCAGAGCAUCUGCAGGAAAACAAAAAAGUAUUUAGCUGAAUUCUCCCUCCCAGGUAAGGCACUAUAGAGCUCAUUAUCUCUUUAUAAGAUACAUUUACUGUUUUAAAGGGAAGGGAGUAAGAAUAAAACAAAACUGUUAUCCUUUAGCCCUUUAAAAUACACUAUUUUAGAACAUAUUUUCAGUGCAUAUCAUAGUGGUUUUCAUCAUGUUGGCGUAUAUUGGAGUAUAUUCUUCCUCAACUGUGUUAUUGAAACUAAAUGUACCAAAAUAAUCAUUGUGUGACAUUAAUGACCAUGGAGGGGCUGGGCUGCCACUUGUGGGUCCCAGCCAAGUUCAGCUCUGAUCAGCCUCUUCUUAUUUCUACAAUAAUAAAUGACAACUAUCAUAUUUAUUGUAGUCUUCUUCUAGUAAAUUCUAAGCUCUGAGGUUCAUGCAUUUCCCCAAUAAUUAGCAAAGUUGAAUAUGCUUCCUUAAAGGGACGACAGAACAACUGUAAUUAUUCCCUAGUGUCCUGUUCCUCGUGACUUACCCAGCCCAGGGUCUGAAAACUGAUGGCAUAAUCCAUAGAAGUGUUCUACUGAACUAACUAGGGCAACAGCUAAAGGGUCUCAGUUUGGACAUCUCUGCUCUAAAUUCUAGAAACAUUUAAUAUCUCAGUUAUACCAUUCCAUGGGGAGUCCCUGGCUGUGAGAGCCAACCCCAGCUGAAGCUGUAAAUGCUGCCUUAGCAAGCUACGUAAUACAACUGUGUAUCCAUAUCAACGUAUUUUAUCUAUAUAUAAGCUUACUUUGUAUUUUUAAUGUGUAUGUGUUGUUUUUUAGUUGUUUUUCCCUUUGACAAAUAAAAUAUUGUAUUUUGGGUA